GAGGGCGUGGCCGGAUCAAGCAUUGAAAAGCGCGGCUGGCAGCCAGGUACCGCACCUACUCCUGCUUGCAGUCUGAGCCUUCCACCAUGGGGCCCCAUACCACCGAUGCUCACGCCGAGACGACGCGGGACCCUUCCUCGCACAAGCUGCUCAGCGCCCCGCCUGCAUCUCCGCGGCUUCGUGUGCGGCCCUGGUGGUUCCCAGAGCACGAUCUCGAGAAUCCUCUGGUGCUCUACAUGGAGGCCUGGCUGGCAGAAAUGAUCUUCGGCCCAAACCAUUCCUUUAUCUCAGAAAUAGAGUGGAUAAGCCAGACUUUGCUGAGAGUGGAUACAGUCGAUUCUGGGAAGGUGGCUGAAAUCACUAUAUAUGGACGACCCUCUGUAAAGAAUCGAAUGAAGAAUAUUCUCUCGAAUCUGGCGACCUGGCACAAAGAACACCACGUCCAAAGAGCUGCGAAGAUGAAACAACUUGAGGAAUUCUUAAAGAGCCGUUCCUCAAACCACCAGCUUAAGCCGGUGAAAGAGGCACCUGCUGACCGACAGGCGGUCCCGCCUCAGCCCCUGGAGGUGAAGAAAAAAACAGAUUGUUAAAAUCUCUACAGAUUUGUUUUCUUUCCUGCCUUUGUGGAUACCUGUUUGCUUUCCUUUGCAAAUAGCAAUUUGUAGAACUAUUCCAACAUGGAAAUGGCUUUUUUUUUGUCUGUUAUU